CUUCAACUCACACAAUACCUCUCCAUCUACGAACAUCUCGGCCAUCACGCAUCAACUCUUCAACUCGAACUGCGCGCUUCAAUCGAUAGAAUACUACGAAUCGUCGUCGGCUUCUGACCUGACGACUUCCACAAGUUCACGGUCAUUUCGGUUUACCUUCAUCUCUUGACGAUCGUAAAAGACGUCGACAUCCACUCUUUAGCGAUCAACCCUUGACGACCAUCAUCGUGUCGACUAUCACUUUAUCUUCACCAUAGUUGAUGAACACGACGCUUACCCACUAUUCGAUUAUCUUGAUCUUCACUGUCAGACCUCAUCGACUGUUACGUCCUUCUUCAUCAGAAAAGUAGUCGAACGCAGCGACAAUAUGGUUAUUCCAAGAAGACCCCGCCCUACGCGGGACACUAUCUCACUCCCCAACCCUGUUGUGGGCCGACUCAUGACGGUCCCAAGACCUACCCUAGCUACAAGUAUAGCCACUGCUUAUAGCCUCAAGAACAUGUCCCGCUCUCCUCGCCCUUCUUGCCCGGGCCAGCAAACCCCAGACUCGCUCACGGCCAGUAGCCGUCCCUCGGGUGCUCACAAUAUCUCCCUUCCGUCGUCCAGGCCCCAAGAUGUCCCCCUUCCAGCGUCAUCUUCAACCUUGGCGAGUACCAACUAUGCCACAAGUUAUGCCGGCACCGACUCUUUUAUGUCAGGGGCGACCAUUUUGGCCCAAGCGGCCAUUCUACCUGGCAACAACACGACGGAGGAAGAGGGCGAUUCCUCCACCGCGGUAGUUGAUCGCAAGAAUGAUCCCAGAUUUCGAUCGCCCGAGGCCUACCUUGGUCUCCCCCUCGGCGAGAUAGUUGAAGGACCGGAAUACUUCCUGCACCCCUGGCACAAAAUCAUGAAGGAAUCCACUGACUUCCCGUUCUUUAUGUUCAACGCCAUCAGAUACCCAGCAAAGUCUCUGAACAAAGCAGCAGCAGAAGCCUUUCCCUGGGAGCACGUCGAGACGAUCAGGGAUCCUUGGCUCAAUGACGGCAAGCUUAUGCGAUACGACGACUCUGUCGGCCAUUGUGUUGAACAGCCUUGUGACGACGUCUCCAAACUCGACAAAGGCAAGCUUUUCGGCUUUACUCACGAGCUCGACGGUUGGCUCGACUUUCUACACGAGGACACUAAGCGUUACGUCAAGUCCAUCAAGGACAUCCAGGCUCAGGUGAAUGCUCUUCAAGCAAGGGUCAAAGAGAUUCACUUGGCGAAUGAUAAAAUCUACGAGGAACUCUUGAGCCUCAGACACAAGCUCAAGCGCGUGCGCGGCCUAAACGUCCUAGUCGGCACCCAGAGAUUCCUCGCUCAGGCUCGCGAGAAUGAACUCAAAAUGCAACAGGAGGAGAACAACAACAAGCACCACGAGCUACUGUUCGAGAUCGCGAAGCAGUUUUACGAGUACGAAAUAAUCGUCCGCAAGGCCCUCUACCUGGACAGCAUCCACGUCUCGGAUCUCCAUCGCGCCGACGCCAAGCGCCAAGCCGACGACAAGGCAAACCAGGAAGAGCAAGAGCGCCUCAUGAGUUUCAUCAAACUCCAGAGCCAGAAGUACGUGGAGGAAGAGGCCAAGCGCCAGCACAAGCAAGCCAAAGCCCGCGCCACCAGUGCCAAGAAAGACAAAGCCAAGGGAAAAGGCAAAGGUAAAGCAACCGCCGCCGCCGACUUUGACCGCGAGGACGACGACAACAACGAAGAUGACACCCUCCUCGCGGAUCUCGAGCUCUCCGAACCACAAACCCUCUUCGCCGCCGGCCAGAUGCUCGACCCCAUGUGCGCCGCCCCUCACGACAACUCCCGGAAGGUCCCCGCGUGGUUCCCAAUCUUCGACGCUCAACAAAUCGUCCCGCUCCGUUCCUCCAAGCCGCACGAGAGAUUUGACGAGUUGAUGGUCAAGUUUGCUGAGCUCCACCAAAAGGCCAAGGAGGAGAAGAAGGAGGAGGGGGCUCCUACCAAGAAGCCACUCUCCAACAUCUUCCACGAGUUUCAUGACCCGCAUCCGGAGUGGCCUACCUCGUGGAGACGCGAGCACGGCGGGUGGUGGCUCUGCGAUAUUUCGGAAAAAGCCACGGCUCCCGAGAAGGCCUGCAAGCUCUGCCAGGCCGCCAGGCGCCAGGCGAUUAGGGAAGAGAGGGAGAAUAUGGCCCGGGGUAUUUACCCCGACGAUGAUGAAGAUGAGGAGGGUAAUGUCAGGACUGCCAAGGAGCAGUAUGAUGAGAUCAAGGAGGCGAUGGACCUGGCGAUGGCGCAGGCCCAUGUGAAGGAGGUGGAGUGGUUGAGGGGGGAGGUUAAGAGUCUGGAUGAGGAGGCGAAGAGGGUUAGGAAGUGGAAGGAGAUGAGCUUUGAGGAGAAGAGGAAGCUUGGGUUCCAUUAG